CAUCCAAUCAAAAUUCACCUGUCAGCUAAAACCCUCAGCGUUAACAGUAACGUGAUCAUCCCUCCACACAGUGCAGUCCCAACGGUCGACUUCUCCUCCCCCGAUUCUACGGUCUUCCAUUUCGAAUUCUUCGCUCAAAUUCAAAUUUUCCUCAAGGAAAUCUCUCUCUACGGUAGAGAGGACUCUAAGCUCAAAAAUUUGUGCGAGAAUUUGUCGAGAGAAAGAGACAGAGAUGGUGCAGGCGAAGGUAGCGUACGAAGAGAUACGGCGGCAGAGGGUGGAGGAGAACAAGAAGAGAAUGGAGGAGCUCCAUCUCCCCCUCCUCUCUCUUUCUCUCAAGAAACAACUCUCUCCCAAGCCUUCUCCGGUGAAGCGAGGGACGGCCCGAGUCAUUCGGAAGGAGUUGAUUGCCGUGAGAAGAUCGAGCCGCAUCUCCAAUCAGCCUGUCCCUGUUUACAAAGAACUCGUGACUUAUGAGCGUCCUGAGUUUCCUAGAAGGUACAGGAACAUGAAUGGGAACUCUAAAAGGGACUUGUCGAACCGGGUAUAUGCCUCCGACGAAGCAAGGGACUGGGCAAUAUCCAGAGCAGAAGAACUGGAAUCGGGUCUUGAAUCGGAUUAUCCGACGUUUGUGAAGCCUAUGACACAAUCACAUGUGACUGGUGGAUUUUGGCUGGGCCUUCCGUGCUAUUUCUGUCGUAAGAACCUUCCGAAGCGUGAUGAAACUGUUACACUGAUUGAUGAAGAGGGAGAAGAAUACCCUGUAGUGUACCUGGCUCGCAAGAAUGGGCUAAGCGGUGGAUGGAAAGGUUUCGCGGUUGUUCAUGAGUUGGUUGAUGGCGAUGCAGUGGUAUUCCAACUAAUCCGUCCUACAGAACUCAAGGUGUACAUUAUAAGGGCAGCAAAUUGCAUGAAAGAGGGUGACAAUCUCUGAAAACUCUGUGUUAAUGUUUGAACUUGAGGCCAAAUGAACCAAUGCGCAGUUGGAAUUUUUGCAGCAGCAAAGUUGAUGAUGACAUGAUGAAGCCUCUUUCUUUUCUUUUUUUUUUGGUUUGUCUGGAAGCGUAUGUAAUGUUUAUUUGCAUCAAGAAAAGCUAAGUGCUAAUCAAUUUAGGUCUAGCAUACAUGUUUCUUGCUCCUACAUAGUGACCGUGGGGUGAACUGGUACUUCUGAGUUACUACUAUUUUUGACUCCGUCUAUGACUUUCGUCGCUAUUAGUAUGUAUUACGGCAAGACUAUUGUUUCCAUCGAGGGUAACCUUACGCAACAACCUUUUAGUUAUCAAUCUUGGAAUGGUUUGGCUUUGGAAA